AUGACAUCCUCUCUGAAGGUCUGGGGCAUUCUCUUGACCCUGCUUGGCCUCCAAUGCAGGCUACUUGCACCGAGCAAAGACAUUUCCAGGCAGAAAUUUAUGGAAGACCACCACCUAUGUCCAAGCCAAGAAUUCAGUGCAUACAAAUGUGACUUCCUCCUGAACGAAAGAGAAGCUGUGAAGCACAAGAUUCUUCACCUGUUCAUUUAUAUCUCAUGGUACAAAGUGGAGCACAUAUGCUAUAGUAGCAACAGGAACGACCACAACAGGAAUGUAUAUGUAUGGCCCCAGGUACCAAUCAAAGUGCUCAAGUGUCACUGGGAGAGUUUUACAAAUAGCUACAGAGAGAGCAGGAGCUCAACUAUAUUCAAUUCCACUGUAACAUAA